CAUCAUACCAAUCCCAUUGACUUAGAUCGCGACAAGCUCACGUUUUCAUAUUCAAGCAUCAACGACUGCUUGUCACGGCCAAGAGUGAGGCCAAGAACAGCUUAUAUUGAUUGAUUAAGAGGCCUCUCCUGGUAUCGAGUGGUCAGAUCGAGGGGCUGGCACUAACUGAUUGGUUUGUUUACAUCAAUUUCAUCCGCCCGCCAGCCUUGCAGUGCCAAUGUUUGUCAUGCAAGGGAGCAGCACCCCUAAUGAGCCAUGGACUGCAUAGAUGCAGCGAACGCAUGGUCCGAGGCUGCAAGGAGACCGACGUUUUUAAGAAGGAACUUGGAUAAAUCCACUCGUGACAUGGGAUCACUUGUUUCACGUCAGGACUCGCCCCAGAACCCCAAACGGCAGGCGAGUCAGGAGAACCCAAGAGCGUCGAAGCGGCAGCGAAUAGGAAUUGAUGGCUUGGACUUGACCAAGAUGCUGGAGGAGAGCAAGCUUUCUCGGAAGGAUCGCUCUGCUCCCGAAAGUCUUGAAGAGCCACACUCACUCGCCAUUACUUUCAGCGGCAUCUCGGACAAGUAUGGAGACAAGCAUGAAUCUCUUAUUCCUCGUCGUUUAGAUGGUGUCCCGGUAAAGACCCGCUGUUCUGUGCAGAUAUGCUAUCCCACGAGCGAGUGCCAGAAUGGGACUUUGACAGAUAUCCACGAAGAACUUCUCCGCAUCUCUCAAGAAGGCGAGAUACGCACGGCCUGGAACCCAGCAACAGGACACCCAGAAACUGAGAUUAACUUACCUCGAUCGUUCGUUGUCCCUAUUAGGGAGCUCUAUGUACCCAAACCCCCCACUGAAAAGCCGAAGGGGCCCUCAGUCGAGUCGCCGAGCGAGAUAUCAGAUUCGGAAGAUGAUUCUGAUGAGCUUGUCGACCAAGGAGAAUAUGGCCUGGCGGAGAAGUACUUUUGUCAUGUCAGUUUUUCAACUGUUCGCACAGCACCAUGGCCUCCACUGGGACUUGACAGCGAGAUUUCUCGAGUUAGCCCUAUUGGCAAGCAGCUGAGGCAUGGUCUUUCUAACAAAAGAGAUCUCAAAAUGGUCACAAAGACGGAGUUGCUACCUUUGGAGCCCCUAUCUAUGAAACUGCCUCUGGAAAUCAAACUCGGACCUGAUCGUCAAACGACACAAUACCAGCUCGCGCUUGAUGCCAAAUGGGAGACGCCAGAGGUUACUCAACCAGAGAACAAGGAACUGCAAGCGGCCUCGAAGCCAAAUUUUGUGUGGAAAAUUGAACCUGGUGACGAACCGCCUUUUUAUGUGCCCUCGGAGACGAACAUGGACGACUAUACUUGUGGUAUUUGCCUCGCCAGACUUAUUUCAGUCAAAGCUCUCCAGCUCCAUCUCCGUGCAAGUCACACCCAAUUUAAAUUCACACUCACUAAAUCAACAUGUGACAAGCAAGACUUUGUCAUCACAGUUUCAUCAACAAUAUUGCCGGAGAUCGACACUGAGGUCCGCAGUAAUUCACCGGUCAGCGUUGGUUCACCAGUUAGUAACGCUACAUCAGUUGACACAGAUGCGCAAGUCAACGAGGCACCAACAACAUUACCUCAGGUCAAUACUCGUAUUCACAGCAAUUCACCAGUCGGUGUCGGUUCAUCGAUCAAUAAUGCUCCAUCAGUUGACCCAGAUGCACAAGUCAACAAAGCACCAGAAGUGGCAAUCAUGAGGAGUAUCUUUGACUUUGAAGACGACCUUUCAUCCCCAGAAAGCAUCGAAACAAAUCCCCUCCCGACACCAGAGCCGUCUUGCGUGCAAAAUCCAUCCAAGCCAGAGCAACUACCUGCACGAGACCCAUCUACAUCAGCUUCCGUCUCCGAGCCUCAGUCGAAGACAAGUUCACCGAAUACAACGCCAGAUGCCGUAUCUGAUUUUGAUGAGUCCAUUGAGCCUCGAAAACGGACUCGAGCUCCGAACUCCCGCCGUGUCAUUGUUGACGAUGAUGACGAGGAUGGAAUGCCCAAGCUUGUUGUCCCAAAAACUGCGAAGCCACUAUAUGAUAUCGCAACGAAAAGGGUGCUGAAACCUGGAGAACCACUGCCACCCUCGACAGUCUCUCAGGACUGGCGGAUCAGAAAACAAGCGGAAUUGAUUAACAAUAUCAGUGACAUGACCCCUGCAGAGAAGGAGUUCAUAAAUCGCUGGGACCCUUUCAUAUUUGGCCAGAAAUUAACGUCAAAGAUAUUCAUGCCUACGAUUCUCAAGGAGUUUAUCAAUGUUAACCGUGAGUGGCUCGACGAGGAACAAUGUCGCAAGAAAGAACUACUGAAACAUCUUGCUACGCUCAAAAUGAGUGGCAGGAUCCAAGAGGAAUGUCUAUGGGAAUGCCUAGAGAUGUUUCAGACCGAGUGCAUCUCUCCUCGAAAAGCAAGGCAGGCUAGCAAAUUAUCUGCAAUAGCGCGAGAAGAGCGGACAUUGAUAGAUCUUUGGGAUAAGUACGUGAGAGAUAGCAAACAAAAAUCUCUUGAAAAGUUCGUCAGUGUCUCUGAAACUUUACGAAGCGGCCGCAGUGCGCACGUAUCGGACGGCGAAUCCGUCGCUAUGCUUCGACUUUUUCUUGGCUACUACGGCCGUACUUCGAGACGAGAUAUACCAGCCCUAGACAGCGUUUUCUAUAACUCAAAUCUCCCACUUCCGACUACUGAGGCCGAGUCCGAAUAUGUCCGAUUUUUCAGCGGCUUUGAAAAGGACUUCAAGGCUUCAGAUGAGACAAAAUCCCUGGAGGAACUAAUGUUAUCCUUCUUGGGAGAUAAUACCGCGUGGUUCUUUGAGGAAUUUCAGCGCUUCCAGUGGGCCAAGAAACACCUCCAGGAGCUACAAUGGACUAAGAAGAUCACCCUGAAGAUUCGCGAAAACCUUCUCACCUACCUGGAGACCAUGGAGAGCGCCUACAUUUCAGAUGAGGACAUGCCAGAUGCGGAUGUUUCUGAUAGCCUGUCGUCAAAAACCCAAACGGAUCCUCAUAAUAAUGGGAAGGGAAAAGAAGCCACCGCACCAGGAAGAACCGCAUCCGCACCAUUCGUGAUCACUCCCGACCCCCUCAACUCGCCCCGACCACGCAAUGUUCGAGCUUUUGGCGAGUGUGAGUGUGGCGGCUACGCAAGGCCCGGUGAAUCGGUGAUGUGCUCCGCUGAACACUGUAUUGCAAGAGCCUUCCACCGCCGCUGUGUCCCGAACCCGCCACCACGGGGUAAAGUGUGGUACUGCCGUGAUUGUGCUGCCGCGGGGUUGGGACAGAACGUCGAAACUCAGCUGGAUCGAAUGGAUCUUUCUGCUUGAUUGCAAUGACGACGGGUUCGCUUUUUGCUUUUGUAUCUUCCAUUGGGGGAGCGUGGCGCUACUCGCAUCCGGAAGAGAUUUUAUGUAUUAUAGGCGUUUGAGGGGAAGUGAUUUUAUGAUACCAAGGUAGAUAGCUAUACGAGUCAUGAGAAGGUAAUAGGCUGUAUUUUUGUUGCUUUCAUCUAUAUGGCUGGGAUAGGAAAUGACAUGGUGUGGUUAUUUGCUCACGUAAUAUUGUCUGCCUAAACGUAAUUGGGAAUUGAUACCUAUAUUUGAG